AUGUCAGACUUGAGUGUAUUUGCUCUGGCAAUUGACACACGAGUUAUGCGUAAUCGCGCUGCCGUUACAGUUUGCGCUUAUGAGGGGACUGAGCUAGUGAAGGCUAGGGAUCCAGAGUUGCCACCCUGGAUGGAGUCUUUAGAGGCCUCUUUUAUGCCCUCAUGCGUACAUCAAACUGUACAGCGGAUCUGUGUCAUAAUGGCGGUACGUGUAUUCCAUUUCGGAACGGAACAGAAGACAUCUGUGAAUGUGCACCUGGCUUUACUGGUUCCAAAUGUCAAUACGGUACGGUGUUAUCUGAUUAAUUCCUGUUGCAAGAAUAUCGUUAAGAGGUGGGAAGAAAGCUUUGGAAACAUUUUAAGUGACUAA